UUAAAGCUGGCAGUUUAAAUUUUCUUCGCAAGAAUAAUUAAUCAUAUAAUAAACGUAUAAUUGCUGUUAAUAUCUCUUCGAAGUUGUGGUUACCUGGAAGAUGGAUUAAUUAUUUUAUAUAAUUACAUUUUGUAUAUCCAAAUUUUUGGGAUUUAAGCGUGGAGUCAAGUCAAUAAAGAAACACGGACAUUUAUUAUAAUCCUUUGAAUCAAAGAUUGGUUCUUUGAAUGGUUUUUGGGCUAUUUAAUUUUGUCCAUAAUCAAGAAUUAACAAACAGGGCAAAAAUCGUUGCGAUCAAUUAGUUACGUACGGGAAUGCAGUCCGCUUAUCAAUAUGUAACACACACAAAAACCUGUUUGAAGAUAAGAGUUUGGGAAAUUUUCUAAUCCACAUCAAGGCGUUUCAAGGUUUUAUCUUGCAGAUUGUAAAUACACGUAAGUGGCUCAAUACGUACCUCCUCGUUAAGUAAUUCAAUGGGGCAUGGAACAGUAGCGACGUCUAGUGAAACCAGCGUAGGCACUCAGCCUGGAGGAAGUGUUACGUCGCGAACUGCCUCAGAAACGCCGCAAGUUCCAACGUCGAGUGGACACCAUACGGGUGCCAAGUUUAGGCACGGUCUCCUUCAACUCAUGAUUCACACAAUUGACCCCCUUCAUGAUGGUCAGUAUGCAGGAAAGGUAGACGAAAAGGCCACUCAGCUGCACGCGAUCGCAUCCCUUAAGGUACUCCUGGAUGCAACAAAGCCACAUAAUGGAGCUGCAACUAGUUCAGCUGCCAACCACGUUAGUGCCGUUAAACAAGAAACAAUGUUAGCACCUAGUAAUAUUGCGGAUAUGCCGAACGGAGUCGCUAACGUUUUAACAGAUAUUAAUCUGGAGACGCGGCGCAUGUCAUCUGUACGAGCACGUAAGUCACUGACCUCACAAGCAGUGGUGUGUCUACAGGUUGGAGAUACAGACGACGACACUCCAGAAGCGAUGGAUAUGAGUUGGCCUUCUGAAGCUAGGAAAAGAUUAACGUAUAUAUUAUUAGCACCCAUUGUCUUCCCACUUUGGCUCACUUUGCCAGACACACGCUCACCUAGAGGUAAGAAAUUCUUCCCCAUCACGUUUUUGGGUAGUAUAUUAUGGAUAGCUGCUUAUUCGUACCUUAUGGUAUGGUGGGCUAAUGUGGUGGGAAGAACGGUACGAAUCCCUCCUGAGGUUAUGGGACUAACAUUCUUAGCGGCCGGCACCUCCAUCCCGGAUCUCAUCACCUCUGUCAUUGUGGCUCGCAAGGGCUUCGGCGAUAUGGCCGUUUCAUCUUCCGUCGGUAGCAACAUCUUUGAUGUUACUGUCGGGUUACCAGUGCCUUGGUUAUUGUACGGCAUUAUAUAUGGAGAGGGAGUAAAGGUCAACUCGGUUGGCAUGGUGUGUUCAAUCACAAUCCUUUUCAUGAUGCUUAUAUUUGUCAUUAUGUCUAUUGCGUGUUUCCAUUGGAAAAUGAACAAAAGUCUUGGUUUUACUAUGUUUCUUUUGUAUUUUGUCUUCGUAGCGGUGUCGCUAAUGUUUGAGUAUGGAAAAUUAGUGUGUCCAUUUUAAAGAGAGUGAACACUUUAGUAGUUAGGACAUAGACAUAGCGAAUUUAGGUGAAUGCGUUUGUACAGGUUUUAAAGGAGACGAUAAACAUUACUUCGGGUUUUAUUCAACUAGUAGUUACGGACAUGAUUCUUUUGCGAACCAAUUUGCUGCAAAGAACUGAAAAAAAAAGAUAUUGCUAUAUAUUUUUGUUAAAAUUAUGCAUCGAAUAUAUUUUCCUGCACUUGUUAUCCAAUUACCACGACUUUAGGUGAAUAUGAUCAAUUUAUGAAACUCUUGAAAAGAACCCGAAGAUAACUGCUACAAGCUAUUGGUGUUCAGCACAAAAAAGACAUCAACUUCCAAGCUACUACAUUACUGUCAUUUGUAACAAAUUAAUCAAAACUUACUUUUUUGUAGUGCGUCCCAUGCCAUGAUAGCAAUAAUUUAGUAAUAUAGCCAAUAGAGUAAAAAAUAGAUGUUUUUAUAACAAAAAAAGUCGUGUUAUUACGUGCACAAUUUUUAAGCAUGUACUAAUAAAUGUGUAUUAAGCAUUUUUAUAAACAUUUAGAGAAUUUAUUACUUAUUUUAGCAAUUUUACAUAACUGGACAAAUAAUAAGUUAAUAUUUAAUUGAUAAAUAUACAGUUUUCGUAUCUGUAGAAGGUGCUGCGUUGUGAUUUUCUUUGACUCGACAAAAUUUUAUGCACUUUUGUUUAAUAAUUAUUCAUGACUUUGGUUUACAACACUGCACCUUUUACGUGGAGGUAGAAAUAUACAUAACGAUAUUUUAACAUAUCAUAACGCUUAGCAGGCAGAUAAUGAAGAACAAAGAUAUACUUUAUCUUCCCGAAGUAAGCAGCACUGUAGAUUGCCAUAAUGCUAGUUAUUUUGAAAGAUACUUUAGAGUUAGAUAUAUUAGAAGGUGUAUAUAUAUGAUUAUUUAAGGCACUGAGACUUGCGUCUCUUUAAUGGAAGUGCCUAGUGUUAUAUUAAUUUUAUUUUACCUGUUGUGAUAUAACAGAACUUUAAAUGUAUCGUAAUCAAUUGAAAUUCUUGUGUAGUAUGUAACAUACUCGUCGUAUUAUUUUUUUUAAGGUAGAUCCCAUGACGCCGGAAGUUAAUAAAAAAGUUCCAAGUACCAAAAUCAUUGCUUGCAUACGGCUUGGAGACUCAACAUUUAAGUUUAAUAUUGAGCAGUAAUUGUUUCAUAAACUCAACUACUUGGACACUUUUUUAUUCAUUUCACGCGUCUCAAUUUUGAGUUUCAAUAAUGUGCGAGCGCCAUUUUUUGUUUAAAAUAAGAUCUACGCUCAAACUCAUCUAUUCGCACAAAUAGCAUCCUAGAGCAAUUUUCUAAAUUGUAUUCUAAAAAAGCAAUACGUUUCCAAAUUCUUGUUUUAGUCAUCUCUUUCUUACGAAUAUAGUAAUACAAGACCGUGAAGCAGAAGAAGUGGUGCUCGCAGUUUAUUUUUUGGUACGUUAACGCUUUAAUGUGAUACUUUGUACAAGAAAAAGUUUAUUACUAUUUAAUAUAGAAUACCUAACACUUACGUAUAAGUAUAUAUUUGAUGUAAAAGUUUACCUAAAUCGAAAAAAAUUGAUAUAUUUAGUUUGCUUACAUAGAAAUCUGUAUUUAAUCUUUCGAGACGGAACCCAAAUUAUACAAAUGUUCGCAAUUUUAA